AUGACGACCAACAAGCCAGUCGAUGAUUUCAUCAUCAUUGGACUCGACUUCGGGACAACGUACUCGGGAAUUGCUUGGGCGUAUUCUAGAGAACCGGAAGAGAUCGAACUUGUCACAAGCUGGGACUCUGAGUUUAACCGUUGUUUUGACGUUGAGAAAGCCCCUACUCAGUUGCUCUACGACGACAACAAAGACACAUCCUGGGGCUACUCAAUCCCCGCCAGUGAAGAUGCCCUGAAGUGGUUCAAGCUUCUAUUGCUCGAUAAUGAGGAUAUUCCCAUCAGUGUUUCGAGGUCCUCGCAGCUCCGCCAUGCCCAAAAACUUCUGGAUAAGACGAAGAAGGAUCCAGUGGAAGUCAUCGCUUGCUAUUUACGAAAGCUCUGGAAUCAUGCCAUUGACUCUAUCCAACGAGCUGUUGGAGUGGACCUGCUGACAAAGUCACCAUUUCACGUUGUGAUUACCCUGCCUGCAAUCUGGCCCCCUUACGCUCAGCAACGCAUGAAGCAGGCUGCCAAAACCUCAGGUAUUCUUGAUGCUCGAUUAUGCGGUGAGACCAAACUUCGUUUCAUCUCAGAGCCGGAGGCUGCAGCCCUAGCUACCAUCAAGGAUCUUUCGAAGAGGUCAACCAUGAAGAUUGGGGAUACGAUGGUCAUUUGUGAUGCUGGAGGAGGAACCGUUGAUCUCAUCAGCUAUCAAAUUGAGUCAGUCUCCCCAUUUGUGGUCAAAGAGUGUGUCAAAGGUGACGGGGGACUCUGCGGAGGCGUUUUUCUUGACGAAAGGUUUCUGAAGCUCAUCAAACGAAAGCUCACGCGUGGGUCAUGGGACAGCGUCACCUCUGUCGAGGAGAAAAAGUUCUUGAACGAAUGGUGGGAGCAUGGAAUUAAGCCUCAAUUCUCUAACCAGAACAGGGACUGGGUCAUCGACCUACCUGACAAUUGCAAUGCCACGAGCUCCAGCGGAAAGCUCAAACGGCGAAAGACGCUGGAACUUAGCUCAAGUGACAUUUUGUCUGCAUACACUCCUAUCGUCGACAAGAUUGAGGGGCUUGUUCGUCGACAGGCUCAGGCUGUCAAGUCAAAGCUUGGGAAGCCAGCAAAGUACAUCAUUCUCGUCGGUGGCUUCGGUCGUAGCUCGUAUCUGUACGACAAGCUUCAGCGUGCCUUUUUUGAGAGCACAGUCCUACAGUCGCGCGGGAACAAGCCCUGGUCAGCUAUUUGCCGCGGCGCUGUAGUCCACGGCAUUACACACCACGGCCUCUCGGCAACCCUAGGUGUGACAGUAGGCGCACGGGUAGCUCGAAACAGCUAUGGAGUAAUGUUCGAUACCCAAUUUGAUUCGCAGAAGCACCAUCGAAGCGACAAAUGUUGGUCGGAAGAAGAACAGGAGUGGCAAGCUACGAACCAGAUGCAGUGGUUUCUGCGGGAGGGCGACAAUAUGUUGACUAAGAAGCCUGUUCGACAUAACUACUACCGACUGUUCUCUGAGCGUAUCAGCCAUGUGUCUGAGACCAUCUACAUCUGUUCUGAACCCACACCCCCUGAAACUUCGGGGCCAGCGGUGAACGAACUAUGUGAGAUCCGCUGGACACGCAACAUCAACCUCGAGUCUCUCCCAACCUACACCAACUCCCUAGGCAAAGUUUACCACAGGCUCAGCUUUGAUAUCGAGAUGACCUGUGAGGAUGGAACCGUGGACUUUACAGUCUAUUACGAGGGCAAACGUGUCGGUGCUCACAACGUCGAUGUCCAGUUUCGUUAA